CAGCCACUCGAACUCCAUGUCAUGUCUCAAAAAUCAAGCUCCAACUCCCUUCAAACAAACCUUAAUUACGAGAAUCUUCCUCUAUCUUCUCUUCAAAUUCAGACCACCUCUGCAGCUCCAAGAUUCCAAUGUCAACUUCAUGCGCCGCUCUGCCUAAUUCUGUGAAAUUAGAGUUGUUUGGCAGCACAACUUCCGCAAGACUUCAUCCUCACAGAAGCAGAUGCGGGUUGAGCCGGAGGCAUUUUGCGUUGAAAGGAAUUGUUGCUGCUGGAGCCUCCAUAAUGGCUUCUAGUGCUAUUGCGGCAGAACCCUCACAAGCCCAAGGUUUGGAGAAAUUGCCGUUUAAACCGGAGGGAUAUAAUUACUGGACGUGGCGAGAUCGAAAAAUACAUUAUGUGGUGGAAGGCGAGGGCUUCCCAAUUGUUCUGAUUCAUGGCUUUGGGGCUUCUGCAUUUCAUUGGAGGUACAAUAUACCUGUAUUGGCGAAGAAUUAUAAGGUCUACGCCCUGGAUUUACUAGGGUUUGGUUGGAGCGAGAAGGCGCUCAUUGAAUAUGAUGCUCUGGUAUGGAGAGAUCAAGUUGUGGAUUUCGUGAAGGAGAUAGUUAAAGAACCUGCGGUUUUAGUCGGAAACAGUCUAGGAGGAUUUACUGCCUUGGUGGCGGCAGCAUCUCUGCAGGAUCAAGUUAAGGGGGUCGUAUUGCUAAACACCGCUGGACAAUUUGGUGAUGCCACUACUGCAACUAUGGAGUCUGAACAAACGGUCUUGCAAAAGUUUGUUGUCAAGCCUCUGAAGGAAAUAUUUCAACGCGUAUUUCUUGGGUUUUUAUUUUGGCAAGCCAAGCAACCAUCGCGAAUCGAGUCUGUCUUGAAAAGUGUGUAUAUUAAUGCUGCAAAUGUGGAUGACUAUCUCAUUGAUUCAAUUACAAGGCCUGCUGAUGACCCAAAUGCUGGGGAAGUUUAUUACAGACUAAUGACAAGAUUCAUGUCCAACCAAAGAAAGUACACACUCGACAGUGUCUUGAGCCAACUCUCCUGUCCGUUGCUAUUGGUGUGGGGCGACUUAGAUCCCUGGGUUGGUCCUGCUAAAGCUCUCAGAAUCAAGGAAUUCUAUCCAAAUACUUCGCUCGUGAACCUACAGGCAGGCCACUGUCCGCACGAUGAAGUUCCAGAUCUAGUGAACAAGGCCUUGUUGGAUUGGCUGCCAACCAUAACUUGUGCACCUUCUCUUCAACCUUUGUGAUCAUGGUCGAUAGUUACAACCUCACUUCAACCUCUGGGAACAUGGGCGAUCGGGACAUUUUUUUACCCUUCCUGCUAUUACCCGAAUCCAGGUUUCUCCAUAACUAAGUGUAAUCAAUCAUAAGACAAAUAGAAAACAGUAUAAUUUGAUGUAAUUAGUUGCAUGCUGUUAAAUCCUCUCUGGACGAGAAAUUUCCUAUUAAAUGUUUGUAUUAUUAUACUGUAAUAAAACAAAUACUGAUUCACAAUCCA